AUGAUCCAAGACCCGGAGACCAAACAAAAACUUAUCGAAUCAGCUAAGAUGCUCCUAGCGAGGGCACGGGAAUCCAACGUCGCCAUCGUGCACUGUCUCAUAGACACAACAAUAGAACCGCCCGUUACCAAUAAGGUGGCAGAGCAGUGGGCAUCAGUGCACAAGCCUAUGCUAAUAGCCAACCCCGAACUAGCAGCCGAAUUCAAUGAACUCACCAUUGUCAGCCCCCCGGCCGACAGGGUUGUCUGA